GGGGGCCGGGACUGAGCGCAGGGGGAAGGUUCCGGUAACGGGAAAGCCAAGACUAGGACAUCAUGGGGCUUCUAAUAGCCGCAACCUGGUGCUUGCUGUGCACACCUUCACAUUCCUCCAACGGAAGAAAAGGUUUUAUGAUACCGCAUCCCGAAAACCGAAUGGAAACCAUACACUCUCUGCGCACAAAAAAGAAAAAAAGAAAGAAAGUCUCUUCGCUAGACUUACGGUGGGGAAACACGCAGCGAGCGAUCCGGUUCAAACUUGAACCGCGGGUAUCCCAGCGGCCACGCGGCCGGGCGUCUGCGCAGGCGCGGGAGGCCGCAGCCCGUGGAGGGCCUUGGUAUGGGGGCGGGGCGCGACGCCAGCCCGCGCGCACGGUGUCCGUUGCCUCUCCCCGGAAAUGCUGCGUCCCCGGGCGUCGGAGGCGGAGGGAGUGCUUCCUGGAGCACAGAGGAGGUCACAAAUCAUGUGACGGCGGCUUGCGGAGGAACCUGUCUUGGAAGCUUGUCCCCGAGGCGGUGGACAGCCACGAACCUUGCUGCUCAGAGAGCCGGGACCUAAAGCGAUUCCUGUAUAAAAAGUUACCAAGUGUUGAAGGGCUUCAUGCUAUUGUUGUGUCAGACAGAGACGGGGUGCCUGUUAUUAAAGUGGCCAAUGAUAAUGCUCCAGAGCAUGCUUUGAGACCUGGUUUCUUAUCUACUUUUGCCCUUGCAACAGACCAAGGGAGCAAACUUGGACUUUCAAAAAAUAAAAGUAUCAUCUGUUACUAUAAUACCUACCAGGUGGUUCAGUUUAAUCGUUUACCUUUGGUGGUGAGUUUCAUAGCCAGCAGCAAUGCCAAUACAGGACUAAUUGUCAGCUUAGAAAAGGAACUUGCUCCAUUAUUUGAAGAAUUGAGACAAGUUGUAGAAGUUUCUUAACCUGACAGUGGUUUUGAUGUCUACCUUAUCUUCAUUAUAAUAGACAAGAUAUCAAUCUAGCAAUCUUGAGACCACAACAUACUUGUAUCCAGGUACCCAAAAAAGGGUCCCUUUUUUACCUUAUACUAAAAAUUUAUGGACAGAUUGUUAUCUUUUUUUUGUAUAGGUCUUAUUUACUGAGAUCUGGGGAUACCACAGAAAUGGUUCUGUCUAUCAUAGCUCCCAUGGAGUUAGUCUAGUCCCCAAAUCUGCAUGAGAUUCUAUUGGGUGGGUCGGAAUCAAAAUGGUCCUUUGAUCCACUUGAGCCGUGAAGUGCUCCCCCUUGUACAUUCUGCCGGGCCUGCAGAUUGAAGCAGAUCUAUUUUAUUGUGAAUAAUAAUGAGGACAUAUUUUUUUCAUAUUGUUUUAUUUCUUUGCAUUGAAGUGUGGGAACAUAAAAUGGCUGAGUAAAAGUAAUAAAAUCAGUACAAUCACUAACUUUUUUGUGCAUAUAUUCUUUUGCAAUAUACAUGAAUAUUACUAAUUGAUUUGAUUCUUCUCAGAGGGUGCUGCUCUUUAAUAAAAAUGAUAGCUAAUGGUUCCUCUGCUUCCUAUAUAACCAUUCAGUGUUUUAAUGUUUGUGCAUUGUUCGUAAAAUUUAGAUAUGAUUCAUUAUUGAGCUCUGUUCCCAGUAUUGGUACAUAUGUAAACAUGAUACUACAGCCAUUUUUUUCAAUACAUAAGUAUAAAUAAAAUAGUAUUUUUAAAAGUA